AUGAGGCUGUUAUGGCUGGCCGCCGGCGGGCUGCUGUCUUCAGCGACAGCAUACAAGACCAACCAGUACCACUCUGACUUCUCCAACUCGCUAUCUUCGUCGACACCCUUCUCGAUAUACGGAGACCGACCAGACGACUGUCCACCAUGCUUCAAUUGCAACUUGGAUAACUUCCAAUGUCAUCAGUACGCCAACUGCACAAAAUCAAGUGGCAAAUGCGCUUGUCCCUCAGGCUUUGGUGGCGAGGACUGCUCACAGCCGCUCUGUGGUUCGCUGCCGGAUGGCCACAACAGACUGCCUCGUCAGGGCCACGACUGCGAGUGCAAAGAGGGUUGGGAAGGCAUAAACUGCAAUGUCUGCAAGACCAACGACGCUUGCAAUGCCAUGAUGCCCGAAGGCGAAGGCGGUGUCUGUUAUCGCGAGGGCCUGGUUGUCAAUGAGAACUACCAAAUGUGCGACAUCACCAACCGCAAGAUCCUCGAUACGCUCAAGGAGAAGAAGCCCCAAGCCACCUUCUCCUGCAACGUCGAUCGCGCAGAAUGCAACUUCCAGUGUAUGUCUUUCAUGCCACACACUCGCUGUAGCUUCCACUAA